AGCUGCGCAACCCUGAUUAUACUCAACAACCCCACUGCAUGUUGACACUUGACUGCGACUGGAAAACAGCUGAGCAAAGACCAAACAACAAGCAUCUAUCAGACUUUAGCUACUUAUAGAAGUAUACAAUCUGAACAUUGACCCGUAGCUUGACAUGGAACUUGAGGAAUAUUCACAAAGAAGCUAGCUAAUACAGUUAAUGCGAAGAGAAAAAAAAAACGCAUUUGCAGCUUGGAAGAAACCAGGAAGAUGUUUGAGAAUUUCAAAGAAAGGUUGCAGACGGUGCAGCAAGAUUUCACAACGGGGAUGAAGACUCUGAGUGACAAAUCAAAGGAGGCCAAAGUUAAGCAGAAACACAGACAUGAACAUCUGACACAGUUUUCUGCCGGAGUAGAACUGCUCAGUCGGUACGAAGACACCUGGGUGACUCUCCACAGAAAAGCUAAAGAUUGUGCGAAAGCUGGAGAGACAGUGGAUGGAGAGGUGGUGAUGCUGUCUGCACACUGGGAGAAGAGAAGAGCAGCAGUGGUGGAACUACAGGAACAACUACAGCAGAUCCCAGGCUUCCUCACAGACCUGGAGACGUGCACCAACCGCAUCGCCCACCUGGAGGCAGACUUUGAGGAGCUGGAGAGCCGGCUGAUGUACCUGGACAACCUGUGUGGUCAGUGUGAGCAGCAGCGCUUCAGACACUUCCAGGUCCUGCAGCUGGAGAACUACAAGAAGAAAAAGAGGUAGGUUUUCCGUUCUCUCUGACCUC